CUUCAAUUAUCUAAUGUUUAUACCAUAAUUAAAUCUAACAGCUGGACUUUUAAUUAAACAAAAUAUUCACAACCAUCAAUACUACAAAAUGAACAUACGGUUAUGUCUAGGCUGCUUUCAAUUAAUUUGCUUGGUAUAUUGUUCAAUUAUGCUCUGGAAAAAAAGGAAAGUUGAACAUGAAAAAACAUGUAUAACUUCAACUCCGCAAUUGCCUGAAUCAAUCACCAAUUUGGAGUCAUUGCCUGAUGAAAUAUUAGUCCGAAUUAUUGAUCACUUAAAUCAAUUUGAUGUCUUGGACCUAUGUGUUGUCAAUACAAAAUUUUAUCUGUUAUGUAUGAAUAAAUUAUUAAAGAGAGCUCUUAUUGCAAGCCCUGCUAAAAAGCCUAUAUUUCAUCGGAAAUUAAACACCUUUACAUACACCAAUUUCACAAUUUUACAUGAAAAACAUAAGUGCCCUAUGCUGAAAUUUAAAGAAAUUAUGGAGAGUUACUAUAAUAGUUUUCUUUACUAUCAUCUACUGGAUGAUUUUCUUAUAGACAUUGAAGAUAUUCAGAAAUCUACACUUUCCAAUCAAUUUCAAAGAUCCAUUCAAAUGCUAACGAUAGAUUUAAGAAAGGCUUCUCAAAGUAACAUUGAUUCUAUUCAAGAAUCGAAAGAAGAGCUUUGUUCAAUCAAAAAUGUUAAAUUGAGAUUAAAAAAUACACCAGUGAAUUAUUUGAAACAAUUAAAAGGAAUCUUUUCUGGAGUUAUUUCUUUAAGUUUGUCUUUAAAAUAUGAUAUCGUGGAUGGGUCCAUAUUAACUUCAACUAAUUCUCUAUUCUGUUCUCAAAAUAUUAAAGAACUUCAAUUAGAAAUUCCUCAAGAAUAUGUCGUUGAUGACUUUAUCGUGAGUUGCAUAAAAUUUAUGCCAAAUAUAAAGAUACUUGUGAUUCUUUGUUCAUUGUUCUAUGAAAUUCCAAAUAAUACUUUAAAGUUAUUGGCUGAUUAUUCACUUGACAAGUUUUGUAUUGACUAUAAAAGAAAAAUUGCAAGCAAUCUGUAUACUGAAACAAAUAUUGAUUUAGUCAAAGGUUUAUUGAAUAGUUGUGGCACUAAUCUUGAACUUGUUGCUAUUCACACAGAUGGAUAUUUUACACGGCUAUCUACAAUUGACAUACUUUAUCAUAUAGAGGAAGAUAAGUUUGAAGAAAUUAAGGAAUCUGUUGAAAGCUUAAUAAAAUGGAUAGAUGAAAAUAUAGAUCAAUACCCAAAACUCAAAUUUUUCACCUUUUAUAGUUGUGUGUUUAUGAUAGAUAGACAAGUGAAACCACAUAAGUGGGAAACUUUAAAUGGUUCUUUGUAUCUUCUGGCCAGUGAUAUGACAUAG